CAGCACUGCUGGGCUGCACUGGUGGGUGGCACUGGUGGGCAGCCCUGGUGGGUGGGCACAGGUGGGUGGCACUGGUGGGCACAGGUGGGUGGCACUUCUGGGCACAGGUGUGUGACACUGCAGAGUGGCACAGGUGGGUGCACUGCUGGGCACAGGUGGGCGGAGCUAGUGGGCGCACUGCUGGGCACAGGUGGGCGGAACUUGCGGGUGGCACUGCUGGGCACCGAUCAUCAGGGCACUGAUCAUCAGUGCCCUGAUGAUCGCGUGUCAUUGGACACGGGUGAUCACGUGGUAAAAGGCCGCUGUGAUUGG